GAGCGGCUGACAGGAGGGGCGGGCGGCUCCAGCACUUCUGGCGCCCAGGCCGGCGGGCGCGCUUCUAGGAUUCCCGUCUGCGUCGGGAGUCCCGGUGUGGCCAGCGGCAGCCGUGCGGACGGCCGGAGUCGGCGGUGGGAUGUGCUCAGCCAGGAGGCUGCUGCGGGGCGGCGCCGGCGGCGGGGAGCGCGACGAGGACGGGGCGGCGCCGGCAGGGCUGGCGGAGGAGCGGGAGCCCGGGGCGAGCCCGCGGCGCCGGCAGCCGCAGGACGAGGGCGAGCAGGAUGUUGAAGAACCACAAAACCACUCUGCCGAACCCAUUGGAGAUGACUACAAAAAGAUGGGAACACUUUUUGGUGAACUGAACAAAAACCUCCUCAACAUGGGCUUCACAAGGAUGUAUUUUGGAGAGCGAAUUGUGGAACCAGUAGUGGUCAUUUUCUUUUGGCUUAUGCUAUGGUUCCUGGGCCUGCAAGCCCUCGGACUAGUCGCUGUUCUUUGCCUUGUCAUUAUUUAUGUACAGCAGUAAAACACUGGACAUUUGGUAGCCAUGUAUGUAACUGAUAGAACUAUACACUUGGGCUUUUUGAAAGCCAAAAUACUUUGACAUAUUUCAUAUUGUGUACUGGCUAUUUUAUAAUUUAAAUUAUAAAUGAGUGUUCUUUAAAACUCAACUCUUUGUUAUAACAAGGAUGAAUAUAUAUUUUUGACUAUAUAUUAGCCUAUUCAAACUCUUUUUCACUCC